GAGACGCGCAGCUAACCGCAGGUCUAUUUUCGGGAGUCCAGUCAGCCACCUGAAAAUUUACCCAGAAUAUGGAAUCUGAAAACAUGGAAUCUGAAAAUACAAGAUCUGAACAUAUGGAGACUGAAACAACUUCUGCUGAAGCUCUGCAAGCCCUGUCUAACCUGCUUUAUCCCAAAGAAGAAGACGAUUUUGAGUCUGGACAGGCACAUUGCUCAUCUGCUGUUGGAGCCAUGGGUCCUGGGAAUAUUGGACCACCAAAAAUAGAAACUGUCACAGCCAACCUUAAAACCGAUGAUGAAAAUAACAAGGACAUCUGGAACCCAGGAGAAGUUCCAGAGGGGGAAGAGCACGAUGACAUAUGGGAUGUUAGAGAACUACCCGAGUUUGAGAUUAUAUUCAAACAGCAGGUGGGAACUGAGAAUGUAUACCUCGGAUUUUCGAGAAAGGACUCUUCAACAGCAUGUUGUGACGAGCUAGUGGUUAAAAUUAAACUGCCAAAUACAAACUCUUCUGACAUUAAAAUUGAUAUUCAGGAAAUGACUCUUGACCUUCGUACUCCUCAUAAGAAGCUGUUGAUAACCCUUCCCCAUCCUGUGGAGUGCAACAGUGCCAAAGGUUUCUAUACCCUUGAGACUGAGACUCUUGAAAUCACCAUGACUUUGAAAAGAGACAUUGACUUUGAUGUCUGAUACUUCAUUAAUAAGGAGGAAAAGUUGUUAAAUAGCACUGAUAAAAAAUAAA